CAUUCGCAUUGGUUGGCGGCGUGGAGGAGCGCGAGCCGCACAGUGCGGCGGCGCGUUACAGUGACAGAGCUGCACACCGUCCGUUCCAAACGGAGAUCAGCGACCACUCCCGUCCCUUCCCUCCCCCAACAGCGAAAACAAAGAGCGGCGCGCGCCAUCGGCCGCGCUCUCCUCUUGAGGCCGAUGCGGCGGCAGAGAUCGCGCCUGAGGCUAACGGACCGGACUGACUCGUAAACACCCGCCACCGCAUCCAUCACCCCCGCCCGCCGGCCAGCCACACCGGAGAGGAGGAGGAGGAGCCGGAGGCGGCGGGCGGCCAUGGAAUUCCAGCAGUUCGUCGACAUCGCGGACAAGUGGUGCUACAACACCCCGUUCGAGCUGAUCGCCACCGAGGAGGCCGAGAGCCGACUGGAUUUCUACGCGGACCCCGGCGUUUCCUUCUACGUCCUGUGCCCGGACAGCGACUUCAGGGAUAAUUUCCAUGUAUGGAGUGAAAGUGAAGACUGCCUACCAUUCCUACAAUUGGUACAAGAAUACAUCUUAUCCUGUGGAAAGAAGACUCUCUCUGAAGUACUGGAAAAAGUCUUUAAGUCAUUUAAACCUUUACUGGGUCUUCCCGAUGUAGAUGAUGAUGCAUUUGAAGAUUACAACGCGGAUGUUGAAGAGGAGGAGCCUGAAGCAGACAGUCAGCAUAUGAGUGUCAGUCAGCAGUAAAUGUGCAGAGAAAAAUCAGAUUGUAUGAAGUCUUUAUUUUAUUGAUGGAUGACCCAUAUUCUCUAUUCCCAUUCAACAAUCUGAAUAGUCUCUAAUUGUAUCAAGUUUGAAACAAUAUUCCUAAAUAUUAUCUAGUUUGUUCUGUGUCAUUUAACUGUUCAUCAUUUUGUCAAACUGUAAGGAGGUGUGAAAGUUUAUCAGGCUAUGUAUAUAUAUUAAAGUGUUUUCUUUUUGAAGGGAGCAUCCAUUAUUUGGAUUGGCCUGUAUUGAAUAUGUAAAGCUGUAUUAAUUUCAGAUUGUUUUUAAGUUGGGCCUUUUCUUAAAGGAUGGUUUAAAAUUAAAUUGAUGCAAUCAGAAUUUCAAAUAAACUAGGUUUUAAGCCAUACCUCAGUGAUUGACCUACUAAAAUAUUCUCAAAUUGUUUUAAGAAUUGUUCACUGGAAAACUUCAUAUUAGGUCGAUCAGUAAAAUCACACAGAUGUUAGAGCACAGGAACAGGCCAUUCAGCUUAACUGUCCUGUGCUAAUGUUUUUGCCCCGUAAUGGCCUUCUUCCACUCAAUUGUUCAUCUAACCCUGUUUACGUAGCCUUCCAUUUAUUUUGAUGUCAUUUCAUUUUCAAAUACCUAGCUUUAUUAAAUAUUUUUAAAGAAUAUUGAUUGUGGGUAUUUAACUGAAGUUGUCCAAGUAUUUAACUUGUUCCUAAGCAACCUUUGUGAUGAGUUGGUUUUUAGUGCAGAUUUUACUUUAUAAGUUCUAUCAGGUAGUUUUACAGUGAUUAUUUCACUCAAAAUAUCCUUGAACAUACUAAUUAAAAUGCAACACUGAAUUAAAACUGACAUCUGCUCGCAUCAACUUGUUACAUUGUAAAAUCAAAGGAAUGUGCUACUGUGUAGAUGCUUGAGGGCAUUAAAUACCGUUUUCUGCUACUGCUGUAUGUACUGCAGGUACUGUUUACUGUACUGCAUUAAUUAUUGCUUGGCUUUUAAUGCACUACAGUCUGUUGGCUACUUUACUGAUUACUUCCUAUGCAUCUUAGACAAAACAUUUCCAGCUAUAACAUUCCCAGUUGUAGAUCAGAAAAGCACAGAUUUUAGUUCUCUGUUAAUGUGCGUUACUAGAAGGAGCUGUAAACUUGCUUUUAGUUGGGGGGAGUGGGGGUGGAAUUAGUCAUGUGUAUCUGAACGGAUUUUUAAAAAAUGUAAUACUCAUUGAAUAAUGGGUUGCUUAUUCAAAAUGUUGUAAGUGGUAAAUUGUACUGUACCUGGCCUGUGGAUCUCUUGUAUUAUAUCUGUGUGUAUACUGUAAAAUAGAAUGCCUUGUGUAAUCGUAGGACAUUUGAGGUUGCAGAAAAUCUUAGUGUUUUAAAAUGCCUUCUACUGAGAUGCUAAUUUGAAGCAGAUUGGAACAUUCCUUUGCUUGUGAUUGGAGAGUCUGUUACUUUUAUUGACUAGGGUAAGUUAAGGCCAUAGACAAGAGUGUAAGUGUAAAUAUUCUAUUCUACAGUAUAUAUACUGUACAGAUAAUCAAAGUAAAAGCUUGGUCUGUACUUUGUGUGAACAGUACCCAGUGUUUUAAUAUGUUAUGUGCGUGUCUAAUUUUGUUGAUCCUGAAGGAGGGAGGAAGCAUCCUGUUAACAGCCAUCGAAUUGCCUCUUCCUUUUAAAUGCAUGGCUGGUUGACACAGGAGGUAUUAUUUUAAUUUUGGUAGUUUAUAAAAAUUACUUUAUUGUUGAUGUAAUGCUUUGUUACAACCUACAGCACUUCAUUUAUAGAUACCUCAAUGCUCUUGUUGACCUAGCAGUCUGGAUUUAAAAAAGCGUUUAAAAACAAAUUGCACAGACAGAAUUCUCUAGCAUUAACUAGCCUCACCUUUUGAAAUUAGAUUUAAUAAAAGAUAAUAGUGUUACAGAACUUGGUUCUCUCUCCUUUUGGAUUGGUUUAAAAGUAUUACUUUUGUGCAUUUAGACUGAAUGUGUAAACCAAAUGUGUUUAUUUGUUUUUAAUAGAUAUGAAAGGGAUUUUGGAUAGGUGAACAAAAGGAUACUGUACUUUAAUAUGCUUAACACUCAACAUGCUGGAAAUAAAUUAUUCAAACAUUGCUAUCGCUGUUCCCUUAAUAUCUAAAGUUUUUCAAUCAAAGGUCUCUUCUGAAGUGAACAGCUGUAAAACAGUGACAUAAUUUUGAGGGAUUUACGCACAGAUGAUCUCGUUUGAUUUUGUGAACUGAAUAAAUCUUAGCCAUAAUGAACUGACAACCCAAAAUACUGAUACAGAAACAAUUGAAUGGAUCAUGUGUACAUUAAAGUCAUGUUCUUUGCCCAGUCCAUUGAACUGGCUGUUUUACUGAACAUCUCCUUUCUCUUUGGGUACGUUGAGCAUAAGAGAAUGACCCUAACCAUGCACCUCAACUUUACUCACUCAGUGUAGCCAACUUUCCUGAGUUUUUGCAACCAUAUUCCAUGUCUGCGUUCUGUCUAACCCUACUCAAUUCCUACUUGGGUAUCCUGUUUAUAUAUAAAUUUAUAUAACAAAAGAAGUUAACAGUUGUGCCAAAUAUUUUUUUCCUUGUAGCCUGUUCUACAGAUCUGUUGCUGUGAAGGCUGAAGAAUUUCUAUUUAAUAUUUAAUUUUCUGCCUUUAAAUACACAGACAAAUUGUUCUUUUCUAUCCUAACACAUCCCUUCCCCUCUCAUAUUUUCCCUUACCUGUAACCACUGGAAUGUGAUUGAGUCCAUGGUUAGUUGUGGGCUUUUAGUGAAUUGCUAAAGUACUUCUCUUUGCAGUCGUCUUCCAAAUAGUUAGCGACGAACCUGAUUAUAAAUACCAAGUCUCUGAAUCAUCUGUUAUCUUCAGUCUCUUUCAUUCUGGGCUACUUUACUGAUGUUACUAAUGGCAAGGAUCCAUGUCCAUUAAAAUAGAACUAUUUUUGAAUGGGAGUUCAGACUCUGGACCAAUUAAGGAGCUAAUCUGGAUGUGUUACUGGAAAAGUGUAUAAGUGGACAGGACAUUAUAAAAGAAUUUUUGGCAUGAAUUACUGAAUCUUUAUGGAGGAGUAAGUAAAGAAUACAAGGUUAACUGAAAAAUAUUAGGAAGGUAUCAAAUAGUACAGUUGUUAACAAAAAGCUGGAUGCCAACAAACUAAGCAUACUUUCACAACUGAAAUACUAGAAGUUAAAAGUAUCUCAUGUAGGUAAGUGUAAAUGUAAUUCGCUUUCAUGAUGUGACUGUCAAUGACAAGGCAGGGAUUUAAUCUUUCAAAUUUUCACUUCAUGGAAUUUGUAUUUACACUCUGGAUUAAUCAGUCCUCCAGUAACCAACACUGUACUGAUGUAACUGAAUAUUUUUAAAAAAUUGGAUCAGGGUGUUAGUACAAAUCUCUUGCAAAUGAGGAUCCAUUUAACAUAAUGCUUGGCAAUAGGAAAAAUCAUAUAGCAGUGUUUUUUUUUUGAGAUGAUAUUGCCAUGAGAGUGGUGGUGUGAAUUCUUGAAUGAAUAAAAAUUUGCUCCAACUGGGCUUGGGAAUCUUCCUGAUAACCAGCUUCCCACAACCAGUUGCAAUUUUGAAUUAUUAGUCUUUUUUUUAGAAGAAAGGACCAAUAUUUAUGAUAUUUCAAAAGCAUUCCCAACCAAUUAAUCACAUGAAAAUGUAGAAACUGGUAUGGCAAACAUUGCAGCCUAUGCAGGAAGCUAUUUUAUGGCAUGUUUUGGGGCCUCUGUAGUUAAUCAUUGAUUGUGAGGUCAAUGCUCUGUUAUGGCACUGACCUUCUGCCAUUUUACUAAUUCUGUUAAUGUUGUAUUGUCUAGCUUCAAGGGCCAUACAAUCUGUGAACUGCUUCAUUGUUGCUAAACUGCUGGAGGCGUUGCCCCAAUAUCAAGGGAAAUCCUCUUAAUUCACACUACUGAACUCUGGAAUUCUCAGCAUUCUUUAAGUGGACCACAUGUAUAAUCUGAAGCCUGCAAAUUUAUGGAUGGCACUGUAUAACUUAGAGUACACAGCACAGUUAAACCAUAUUGUUUGACUAUAACUAAUUGUGGAACUUGUAUUCAGGAACUGUAAUUUUAUUGAAGCAAAAUAAAACAAAUAGUGCUUGGCUUA